UGUUUAGCCUGCGGAAGAGAAGAAUGAGGGGGAAUUUGAUAGCUGCUUUCAACUACCUGAAAGGGGGUUCCAAAGAGGAUGGCUCUAGACUGUUCUCAGUGGUAGCUGAUGACAGAACAAGGAGUAAUGGUCUCAAGUUGCAGUGGGGGAGAUUUAGGUUGGAUAUUAGGAAACACUAUUUCACUAGGAGGGUGGUGAAACACUGGAAUGGGUUACCUAGGGAGGUGGUGGAAUCUCCUUCCCUAGAUAUUUUUAAGGUCAGGCUUGACAAAGCCCUGGCUGGGAUGAUUUAGUUGGGGAUCGGUCCUGCUUUGAGCAGGGGUUUGGACUAGAUGACCUCCUGAGGUCCCUUCCAACCCUGAUAUUCUAUGAUUCUAUGAAUAUAAGGGUCCUCUAUUGGCACAGGGCAUUGGCAGCAGAGCUGGCUUGCUCCUUCCCUGCACUCUCUGGGAGACAUUCACCCGGAUGUGAUGGACCAGCCCAAGGCCUAGACCCGUCUUGUGUCCCACCGACGCCUUCAAAAUAGGAUUUAAGUCAGUGAUGCCCAAACUUUUCCUUUUGCGGCUCCUUCUGCUAGUAAUGGAAUGUGUCUGGGCUCCCACAGCUCGGGAGCAGAGUCGUGGCCAGGCCCGGGGCUGCAGCCGGAGGGGCAGGGGCCAGGAGCUGGUGACCAAGCCACAGCCAAGAGCAAAGCCAUGGCUGUGGCUGGGGCAGAGCAGGCUGGGUGGCACACCCUCCCUGCUCCUCUGUGGGGGCUGGCCCGUGCCCCCCCCGGCUGCUGCUCCAUACCCCCGUGGGAGGGUGCGCCCUGCAGUUUGGGGAUGACUGAUUUAAAUGCUUGGGCUGACCCCCGCACGGGGGCCAGGUUCACCCAGAGAGGACAGGGGGCAAGGUGUUGGCUGCCUCCCCUUAAAGCAUCAGCAUUCUGUGUCUCCUACACCAAUGACUCCAGCUUUGUAGUCGGAAGGUGGAGAUGCAAACCCUGCAGCCACCUGAGCGCCCAGCUCGUGUUCCUGUGUUACAGCGGCUUUUUACACCUAGAAGGUGAUUGCCAAUAUAGGGUUGGAAGUUACCAAACCCUGUGCACUAGGCAUUAACCCGAGCAAAUGGGACAAGAGUCUUCUGGGCCUUCUGCAUUGUCCUCUGGUGACUCUCUUUCCUCUAUCCUAGAUACCACCUGCCAAGCCAGUAGUUAUUAUGACUUCUGUGGCCCUGCCUGCCCUGCCACUUGUGCCAACCUUAGUGCACCCCUGCUCUGCACAAAGCCCUGCGUGGCGGGAUGCUUCUGCAGGGAAGGCUAUGUUCUGGACGCUGGACACUGUGUGCCUGUGAGCCAGUGUGGCUGCAUGUUGAAGGGUCAGUAUCACCAGCUGGGAGAGGAGGUGAUCCUGACAGACACCUGCCGCAGGAAAUGCAGCUGCCGGCAACCUGCCCAGCCCAUGGAGUGCCAGGAUCAUGCCUGCGGGGCUCUGGAGAUAUGCCGCGUUGUUGGUGGCAUCCGAGGCUGUUACCCUGUGAAGUUCGGCACCUUAUGGGUGUUCGGCCACCCCCACUACACCACGUUUGAUGGAGUCAUGUUUGAUUAUCAAGGAGUCUGCAAGUACACCCUGAGCAAGUACUGUGGCCCCCCGGGGAGCCUCCCCAACUUCACCAUCCAAGUGGUGAAUGAGCCGAAAAGCUCCAUUGCGGUGUCCUGGACGCGCCUGGUGGAGCUAGAUGUCUACGGGGAGCGUAUUGCUAUAGCCGGGGGCCAGUACGGCCAGGUGCAGGUAAGGGCAUUUCAUAGCUCUGAAGAAAGUAACUGCUCGGCACAGAAAUGAUCAGGUGAGAAAGCAAAAGCCCUGGACAGUCUUGUAGGGGUCACUGUCCCCUUAGAUGUGUUUUGGGGGGAAUGCAGGAUGUUGAGGUGAGUCUUACCUCCCACUGUGAUUUUGAGAUCCUGUCCAAGUGAAAGUGGGUUAGUGUCCCAAAGCCAUUAGAAGGGCAGCAACUUUCAUCAAAGCCGUACAGGGCUGUGCAGGUGAACCCUGCAUCCACGCUGCACCCUGCCACAUCUCCCACGCUGCCAUGAACAUAGUGCCUCAUUGCCACGUUAGCGACAGGCAGACCGUUCAUUGACAGCUUGAAAGGUAAAGGCCCAGUGAGGCAUCAGUUCUCACUGGCCGCAGAUGUGCAGGGACCCAGACACAGAUGUGAUGUGACACAUGUGUGAUGUGAUGUGGAUAAAUUGGAAAGAGUCCAGCGAAGGGCAACAAAAAUGAUUAGGGGUCUGGAACACAUGAGUUAUGAGGAGAGGCUGAGGGAACUGGGAUUGUUUAGUCUGCAGAAGAGAAGAAUGAGGGGGGGUUUGAUAGCUGCUUUCAACUACCUGAGAGGUGGUUCCAGAGAGGAUGGUUCUAGACUAUUCUCCGUGGUAGAAGAGGACAGAACAAGGAGUAAUGGUCUCAAGUUGCAGUGGGGGAGGUUUAGGUUGGAUAUUAGGAAAAACUUUUUCACUCGGAGGGUGGUGAAGCACUGGAAUGCGUUACCUAGGGAGGUGGUAGAAUCUCCUUCCUUAGAAGUUUUUAAGGUCAGGCUUGACAAAGCCCUGGCUGGGAUGAUUUAAUUGGGGAUUGGUCCUGCUUUUGAGCAGGGGGUUGGACUAGAUGACCUCCUGAGGUCCCUUCCAACCCUGAUAUUCUAUGAUUCUAUGAUUCUAUGACACAAGUGUGUGCAGUGACUAAGGAUGCCUAGAGAUGUGCAGCAAAAUAGUAACCCUUGCACUGCCAUCAACAGGGUCUCUAAACCGACCCCUCAGGGACCUGGGGCUGCUGCCUAGAGAAAACCAGAGCUUCCCUGUCUGCUGCAGGCAGCUUUGUGCUUUUUCAGGUAAUUCCCCAGCCUACAGGUAGAGAAAUUCUGAAGGUAUGAAUGCCAAGCUCAGCACAGUCCCUGCUUGAAAGGCAAACAGUGCAGCCAAACCCAAUGUCCCAAUCACACUUCGAUCCAGGGGCUCAGACCAUAGCUCAGCUGUGAAAUAGCUGAGAGCCAGAAAUGCACAGUGGGGUUUGGCAUGACAGUGAAUGGCCCAUGUCUCGCUUUCCCCCUAGGUGAAUGGAUCCCUGGUCAAUCUGCCCCUGGUCCUUGCAUCGGGUAAACUCUACGCCUAUUACAGCGGCUCGUCUGCUGUGCUCCAGACCGACUUUGGCCUCUCUGUGUCCUACGACUGGUCCCACUCUGUGUCGGUUUCUGUUUCUGAGAUCUACUUUGGGUCACUGUGUGGACUCGGUGGGGAUUUCAAUGGGAACCAGAGUGAUGAUUUCCGGACCCCAAACGGUUCUGUGGUCCAUGACGCUGUCACCUUUGGCAAUAGCUGGAAGGAUGCUGAUUCCCCUUUUCAUUGCACAGCCGUUGGGCUCCCAGCCCCAUGUAAUGAAGCAGAACAAGCCCAGUACAGAUCUCAGAGCUACUGCGGGGUCAUCGCAGACACUGCUGGGCCUUUUAAAGAGUGUAACCAGCUGGUUGAUGCUCAGAUCCAUUUGGAGAACUGUGUGAGGGAUGUGUGUGUGACUCGGGGCAGCCGGCAGACCCUGUGUGAAGUGCUUCGCAGUUAUGCCCAGCAGUGCCAAAGUCGCGGCAUUGCCAUUGAGCCAUGGAGACAGCGGGCUGUGUGCGGUAAGUAGAUGAUUCCAAAUACUAGAAGAAUCUUUGUUAGCUGUACCCCCAAAAUCUUUCUCCUUUAUGUACCUACUUGAGCACUGGGCUGGGCCUUAGUGGUCUGGCCACUCUCUGCUCUUAUCUUUCCUCCAUUUUUAUUCCUGCUUAGGAAGAUUCCCUGCCGUGUUUCUCCCGUAUUUCUAAACAC